AUGGCUUCUUUGGCUCAGCAAUUCACGGGGUUGAGAUGCUCUCCACUCUCUUCCUCUUCUAGGUUAUCGAGGAGAGCGGCGAAGAACUUUCCGCAGAACAAAUCCGCCUCCGUCUCUCCGACGAUUGUCGCGGCGGUUGCCAUGUCUAGCGGCCAGACUAGAGAGCGGCUUGAGCUGAAGAAGAUGUUCGAGGACGCUUAUGAGCGAUGCAGAACUGCUCCCAUGGAAGGUGUCGCUUUCACUGUCGACGAUUUCGCAGCUGCUAUCGAACAAUACGACUUCAAUUCCGAGAUUGGCACUAGGGUAAAAGGAACGGUGUUCAAGACCGACGCAAAUGGUGCAUUAGUUGACAUUUCUGCAAAGUCAUCGGCAUACUUGUCGGUGGAACAAGCGUGCAUUCAUAGAAUCAAGCAUGUGGAAGAAGCCGGUAUAGUUCCUGGUAUGGUGGAAGAGUUUGUCAUCAUAGGUGAAAACGAAAGUGACGACAGCUUGCUUUUGAGCUUAAGGAUGAUCCAAUACGAACUUGCUUGGGAAAGAUGCAGGCAGCUUCAGGCUGAGGAUGUCAUCGUCAAGGCUAAGAAAGCAGCAGCUGAAGAGCUUCUUGAUAAAGAAAUACCUCUCAAGUUUGUGGAGGUUGAUGAGGAACAAACAAAGCUUGUUCUCAGCAACCGUAAAGCUGUAGCAGACAGCCAGGCUCAGCUUGGAAUUGGAUCUGUGGUCCUCGGAGUUGUUCAGAGUUUGAAACCCUAUGGUGCCUUCAUCGACAUUGGCGGAAUCAAUGGGCUUCUUCAUGUCAGUCAGAUCAGUCAUGACCGUGUCUCAGAUAUCGCAACUGUUCUUCAGCCCGGUGACACUCUCAAGGUUAUGAUACUGAGCCAUGACCGUGACAGAGGAAGAGUAAGUCUUUCCACCAAGAAGCUGGAGCCAACACCUGGUGAUAUGAUUCGCAACCCAAAACUUGUUUUCGAGAAGGCUGAGGAGAUGGCUCAGACGUUCAGACAGAGAAUCGCCCAAGCAGAAGCUAUGGCUCGUGCAGACAUGCUUCGCUUCCAACCUGAGAGUGGACUGACGCUGAGUUCUGAAGGGAUACUAGGACCACUCGGUUCCGAGUUACCAGAUGAUGGCGUAGAUCUCACCGUUGAGGACAUUCCUCCCGCCGUUGAUCUUUAG